GGGUGGAGAAGCCCCAGGGCACUGCCGCCACUUUCCCGGGAGCCCGUCAGGCCCUAUUGGACAGGGCAGGGUGGGGGCCGGUCGGGUAUACAUUCAGACGCCCAGCACUUUGCUAUCACACGGCCGGCUCCAGAGAGGCAGAAAGUUUAAGGCAACCCCUGCCGUUGGGGUUGGGCAAAGCCAGGAUUGCACCGCCCCCAGCUGGGAUAUGGAGCUGCUGUCGCCGCCGCUACGCGACGUGGACUUGACCGGCCCCGACGGCUCUCUCUGCAACUUUGCCUCAGCGGACGACUUCUACGAUGACCCAUGUUUCGACUCUCCGGACCUGCGUUUCUUCGAGGACCUGGACCCGCGCCUCGUACACGUGGGCGCACUCCUGAAGCCGGAGGAACACUCGCACUUCCCUGCGGCUGUGCACCCGGUCCCAGGGGCGCGCGAGGACGAGCAUGUGCGCGCGCCGAGCGGACACCACCAGGCGGGCCGAUGUCUACUGUGGGCUUGCAAGGCGUGCAAGCGCAAGACCACUAACGCCGACCGCCGCAAGGCCGCCACCAUGCGCGAGCGGCGCCGCCUGAGCAAAGUCAACGAGGCCUUUGAGACGCUCAAGCGCUGCACGUCUAGCAAUCCUAACCAGCGGCUGCCCAAGGUGGAGAUCCUGCGAAACGCCAUCCGCUAUAUCGAGGGCCUGCAGGCGCUGCUACGCGACCAGGACGCCGCGCCCCCUGGCGCCACUGCCGCCUUCUACUCGCCUGGCCCACUGCCCUCCGGCCGCGGCGGCGAGCACUACAGUGGCGACUCGGACGCGUCCAGCCCGCGCUCCAACUGCUCCGACGGCAUGAUGGACUACAGCGGCCCCCCGAGCGGUGCCCGGCGGCGGAACUGCUACGAUGGCACCUACUUCAGCGAGGCGCCCAGUGAGCCCAGGCCCGGGAAGAGUGCUGCAGUGUCGAGCCUCGACUGCCUGUCCAGCAUCGUGGAGCGCAUCUCCACCGAGAGCCCCGCCGCGCCCGCGCUUCUGCUGGCGGACGCGCCGCCGGAAUCGUCUCCGGGCUCGCACGAGGCGGCCGCUCCAAAUGAGGGCGAUCGUGGCGCCCCAACCCCUACCCCCGAUGCUGCCCCACAGUGCCCCGUGGGCGCGAACCCCAACCCGAUCUACCAGGUGCUUUGAGGGUGUGGGCGGCCGUGUCGGAGGACGCCGCUGUCCACCUGCCCGAGGGAUGGUGCCCCUAGGGUUCCCUCGCGCCCAAAAGAUUGAACUUAAGUGCCAACCACUACCCCCAAUCGCGCUUUAAAAGCGACCCCUCACAAGGGAGGAGAGGCGGGAGAACUGGUGCGUUUCCGCCUUCCGCACCCCAGAGCAAGGACACAGUCCUUUUCCCCAUGCAGCACCCUUCCCUGAGACCCGCUGCGACGACUGUUAAGUGUUCCUCCAUGGGACAGAGCUGAUCCUGGAGGGGCCAGGCCCUUCCUCUUCCUCACCCCUUUCCCCCAAGGGAGGUGGUACCCCCGCAGACCUAAGCCCCGUACCGGGACACCCGGCUCCCUUACGCGGGCGUGGCCUCUCCUUUGCCCGCCCUGGAGAAAUCAGCUCUUUCCCACCGCCAGUGCGCUGCGCUCCCAUCCCAAGUGUCACACGUGUACCGGUAACCACUCCCACCCCCUGUUCAGGACCACUUUUUGUAAUACUUUUUUGUAAUGUAUUCCUGUAAAUAAGAGUU